CACUUUUCGUACGUUCUGUCGUGCAGUAACUUCCUUCAGGAGGCGAUUUGACCUUCAGGGUAGUCCGAAAUGAAAACAGGGAAUGUUGCUCAACCUGUUGCAAGGAAUCUGCGACUCCCGCUACAGGCUUGUGCAGUCGGAUCGCUCUGCCCAUGCUUCCUCCUUUCGACACCGUCUGCCGGGUGGUUCCUCUGCUCGGAUCCAACUGAUCUGUGUGGCCAGUGGACGCGUCAGUCGGGAGUGUGCGCCCUGGGCCUCCGUCCCGAUCCUUGGCCGAAGCCGGCUCGGCAAGGCCGGCGGCUCCGAUCGACGGGGUGGUGGCGGCUACCACAGAAGGCACCAAUGUCAUGCCGCUCGACGGGGACUUCGAAAUGGGCUCCACCUCCGCGGUGCCGCCUUCCUGCUCGGUGCACCGUCCUCCGCUGCCAUCCGGUUUCGGUGGCGACGCCUGCGGACGGGCCGUCGUGGACAGUUUUAGCAGGGCGAGCACUGGCAGCAAGCAAGAAACGAGAAUUCAGCCAACGAGUGACAUCGCGCGGGCCUGUAGGGCAGAAGGUCUAUACCUCCAAGGUACUGGGAUCCUACAAGGACAGUAUCGUGUACCUGAAGCUUCCAAAGAGGAUCACGGAAUACAAGUCAUUUGGUAUCUUCUGCAAGAAGUUCAAAGCUGAUUUCGGCAACGUCAAGCUUCCAGUAGGCUUCCAACUUCCAAAGGAACAAAGCAUGGGCAAGCUUAACACCAAGCAGGCAAGCACGAUGGCUACCGACGUCAUCCUCAAGGACAGCGCCACCGUGCUGCUCAAGGAUUUUGAGUACGACGGCAGCUGUACCGAUUCGGCGUUCUUCGUGGCGGCUCCAACUUCACAGGCCAAGCCGGAGGAGCUGACGCGCCUCACUUACGGCAACGGAAAAACGUCCGCGCUGGAGCGCUACGAUAAGGUGGACGUGAACGUCACGCUUCCCGAGGGCCACCACUGGAACGAGUUCGAAUGGUUCGCGGUGUACUGCGUCAGCAAGAAGGAGAGCCUCGCCGACAUCACCGUCAACAAGGUUUUGGCUGAAAGCGUGCCCGUUCACAACCCAAAGACUAUGAUCAAAGUGACAGGCAGUCCAGAUGUCGGUUCGCUGCCGGCUCCACUGUCGGCGUUGUCACUGUUCACUUGGAGCGUGGCCGCAAUGGUGGCGGCUAUCGUCGUUCGCCAGUGCUUCGAUGGCUACGAUCCCGUCAAGAGCUGGUGACGACGGCUGCUAAUUAUGUGCAGAUAUAGCCAUGAAGAAUUCCCGCUUGUUCGGGUGCUCUCAUCCUGUAAAUCACGGGCCGCCUUCCAAGGCCUAUAACGUGGCAGCGUACGGAUGCUGCGGAACCAGUGGCCGCCCUCCGGGUGCUUUUCUAGUUCUUAAUAUAAAGGCUGGCCACUCAGCUCUGAUAUUUCUAAAACGAAGAAGUGCUCAUCGUUUUAUUUCACGAGUGCCGUUAUUUGCGACGACACUGUGGCAGUAAUGUUGUAAUCCAGUGCAUCCCUAGA